UCGGUGGAGUUGUUAAAAUCCACGGCUAAUCGCAAUAACAGUUGAGAAGAUUAACAGAAAAUAAAUGCAACAUGGAGGUUAUUGAGACAAUUGUCACAGACGCUUUUGAGGUGGAGGAAUCAACAACUACGGUUUCGACUUUGGAGCCUGAAAAGUCCAAAACAGAGUUUGUCUGGACACUACAAGCAACAUGGCACCUUGUUCAUGUUCGUCUAGACAUGGACCAAGAGUUUGACCAGCCUGUCUGUAAAAAGAAGAAGCUGUGGGAGACUGUGGCUGAGAGAGUAAAUGCAAAGUUAAGGGCUGAUGGCUGCACAGAUGUUCCAGUAAAAGCCUUUGAAUGCGACCUGAAGUGGCGAAACAUGUUAGCCACAUACCGCAAAAAUGCUGAACGAGCCAAAAGACUGGGAAACCAUAGUAUACACUGGGAGUUCUUCAAGGAGAUGCAUGAGGUGCUGAGCAGGAGCUAUGAGGAAAUUGAUUCUCAGCGCAAGGCAAAGCUCAAAGGCACAAAGUUAGGCAGGGCAAUAGCCAGUAAACGAUUUACCCCAAUACAGCCCACACCCACCGGAGCUACAGCCUUACAGUUACCCAAUGCCAGGCCCCCUCAGGAUUUGCUGCAGUUGUACCUGGAGCUGCAGGAGAGGAAAUUGAACAUGUGGGCUCAGCAGAAAGCUCUGGAGGAGAGGAAAAUUGAGGCCAUCAAUAAUUUGGCACGUGCCAUUACUUGUAUGUCCCAGGACCUUGCCAUGCAAAUGCCUAAAGAGUGUGUUGUGCCAGACACUCCAUCCCAAGAAUAGGAAUUAGUCAUGUCCUUGAUAUAGUCCUUUCUGUUAAGGGAGUACAUAUUGUAUUUUUAGAGAGAUAACAUAUGUUAAACCCACUUAAGAGAACAAAGUUGUGUUAUAUUGAUGCUAACUGUAAAUCAUUAAAUAGUCUGUUUGUCUUUACUCAAUUACUAAUAGCAAAUAUUAGUUGACAUUACUGAGCAUUUUGCACUCUCAUGUAAAGGACGUGUUGUACAUGGU